AUGAGAGAUGCAUCUUCCGAGAGAACGCCGUUGUCUCUGACAGAGCUACCGUUGAAUGUUUUGUUCCAAAUAUUGUGUUUUCUAGAGAGGGAAGAGCUAAGAAAUGUUGCGAGAUGUUGUCGAAUGCUGCGAAUAUUGGCCAACGAAAAUCUAAUGCUCUCGAAUAGUCUGGUGGAACUGCACGGGUGCCGAAAUCAGUGGACCAGGAGAUUGUUGUUUGACGUUUUUGAUAUACUGAAUGGGAGCAGAAACCUGCUCAUGAAACUGACGCUGGAACACAACGUUUCCGUUUUCGAAUCUGUACGAUAUGUCCAGCAGAGGUGUGAAUUGGAAUGCCAGGCGAGCGGCACGCAGAUGCUCUUGCUUCGGAACGAAGAGGAGAACUUUGUGGAACAUGUACGAAACGCCAACGAGAAUAACAGAAAGAACGACGGUAAGAUGACCUAUCUGAAGAUCCUGCAGGGAUUUAAUAACCUGGCCCUGGCGGCCCGGGACUCUAAUAAAAGUGAAACCAUUCAGGAAGAAGUAGAGACGCCGACGAGAAGUGGCGAUCCUGUGAGUUACGAACCCGCCCUAGACGAGACAAAAACAGUCUCGCCAGCGGUGUCAAACUACUCCAAAUCAUCUGCAGCGUCUAUUUUCUCCGAUCUUCCGCCUAAACUGUCGAACCGCGGUUGGCAUUCGUCGAUCUACGAGCUCGAACAUGUGUCGGACCACACAGAUGCCAGCACCUCCGAUAGCGACACGUCAUCGUCUGCAGAUUCGAUAGUGCGCUUGAGAAACUCCACCAAAGUGAGAGACAAAGCAGCACUGUUCGAGAAAUUGUUCUCGGAAGACUACGAAGUAAGCAAAAGCCCAAAGAAAUGCCGGAAAAAGAAGUCAUAUGGCGCUUUAGCAGCCACGACACGCCCAGACUUGGCGGGAUCGCGACCGGCAAGCGGGAAGAGGAGUAUAUCCCAGGGAUAUCUCGAAGAGCUCGCGAGGUGUAAUCUCGCGUCUCAGCCCAGCUCUCUUCCCGGUUCCAACGAAGAACAAACCUCGCAAAAUCCCAUACUCAAAUACCAAGAUCACGUCCUGAAUGAGUACGACGUGGACAUAAACACAUUGGAGGACCAGACCGACAAGAGACGUACAAGGCCCAGAGCCAGAAUUUUUCGGAGAAGUAAACUGACCGCUUUUGUUACGGACGACAACAAAAUAUGCUACGAAAAAUCCUAA